AUAUCGGACACGCUGAAUCGGGUGUCAACGCGUCUGUUCUGCGGUGGAAGCUCUGCUUGCCCAUCACACUGUAGCCUCAGCAGGAGCAGCAGCUCCUCCGUUUCCCGACGCCUUCGCUUGUUACUCUUCCCCGAUCUCCCUCCGGAAAACCAAGGGUAGGUUGAAAUCAGGGUCAUGGUGAAAGACACCGAGUACUAUGAUAUACUGGGCGUCAGUGUUGAUGCAUCUGCUGCUGAGAUAAAGAAGGCUUAUUACUUAAAGGCACGGGUGGUGCACCCAGAUAAGAAUCUUGGAGAUCCACAAGCUGCUCGUAACUUCCAGGUACUUGGCGAGGCUUAUCAAGUCUUGAGUGAUCCUGCAAAACGUGAAGAAUAUGAUAAGCAUGGAAAGGAAGGUGUUCCCCAGGAUUCCAUGAUAGAUCCUGCUACUGUCUUUGGGAUGCUUUUUGGAAGUGACUUCUUUGAAGAUUAUGUUGGACAACUAGCCUUAGCAACCAUAGCUUCCGUAGAAAUUGAAGAAGAAUCACAGGUUCCAGAAAUUCGGAAACAAAGAGUGCAAGAGAAAAUUAAGGAGUUACAGAAAGAAAGGGAACAGAAACUAGUCGAAAUUCUGAAAGAUCACCUGCAUCUAUAUGUUUCUGGGCAAAUUGAAGAGUUUGUAAAUUGGGCAAACACUGAAGCUAGUCGUCUAUCUCAAGCUGCUUUUGGGGAGGCUAUGCUCCACACUAUUGGGUAUAUAUAUGCCAGACAAGCUGCACGAGAGAUCGGAAAGAGCAAGAGAUACAUGGGCAUGCCAUUUAUAGCUGAGUGGGUGCGCAAUAAGGGUCACCACAUAAAAUCACAAGUUAAUGCAGCAUCAGGUGCAGUCGCAUUGAUACAGCUUCAGGGAGGGAUGCAAAAGCUUGAAGUGGGUGGAGAUGAGGACAUCAUGAAGCACUUUGAAGAGAAAAAGGAUGCAAUGCUCAACUCUUUGUGGAAGAUAAAUGUGCUCGACAUAGAAUCAACCCUCUUACAUGUUUGCCAAGCAGUUCUGAGAGAUAAUAGUGUUUCCAAGGAUGUGUUGAAGUUACGUGCAAAAGCAUUGAAGAAGUUGGGAACAAUUUUUCAAGGUGCUAAAGCAAUUUAUAGAAGAGAGAACAGUCUUCGUGUGGAGAAUGGCACCGGAGCCGUGCCAUGAGUAGUAGUAGCCUUGUAUCAUAUUUCCCACGUUGAUGUUGAUGGUGAAGGACACUCAUGUUAGAAAGAUAAAUUAUGGAGUAUAUUCAUCUUGACUCCUUCCAUGUACCGGGAGGAGGUUUGAUGGGUGUUACCAAGUCAUUCUUACUCAAGUUAAUCAUAUUUUUUGUAAAAGGAUUUGUGUGAUCUAUGGGUAAUGUACCAUGAGUUUAUCUCUUCUCAGCA